CGUGACCCUGUUGUUCACUGUUCUCUACAACGCUCGGUGUCUCACCUGCUGUUAACUUGGUCUGCUUCAGGAAACAGUGGAAGAUGAAACUUUCAGUCGCACUGCUUUGUCUUGCUUUGGGUGUUUGUGCUCACGCAUUCACCGUGCCAGCUGAUGAGGUCACCACCACAGCAGGUCUCCCGCCCAUUGAGACUGUGCCGACUGAAACGAUCCCUCCAGCAGUUGAUGACUCCACGACCACGCCUCCUGCACCUGUAGUUGAUGACUCCCCGACCACGCCCCCUGCACCUGUAGUUGAUGACUCCACGACCACGCCCCCUGCACCUGUAGUUGAUGACAACACGACCACGCCCCCUGCAACUGUAGUUGAUGACUUCACGACCACGUCCCCUGCAACUGUAGUUGAUGACACUACCACGCCCCCUGCAACUGUAGCUGAGGGCACCACGACAACGACAAUCCCACCUCCUCCUUACCAAUGCUACGACUGCAACAGCGGCACCCACACCGAGGGCGGCUGGCUCAACCCCGACUGUCCCGUUAACGGCGCCAUCACCCCUACUAGUGCGACAUCUCCUUGUAACGGGCCCUGCGUCUCUUUUGGAUCAUUAUGGCCGGCUGGAACGAUCAAUCGUGGGUGUGAACGAAACUUCUGGUUUCCUGAGACCUAUGACACCUCACCUGGAUGCCGAGUAUUGGACAAGGUCUAUUGGUGCUUCAGCCUGGGAGAUCUGAGUAACACCCAGAAUCUGACAGACGUGUCAAAGUACUACCUCGAAGAGCACUACAAAUCCACGACCACCACCACCACCACCACGGCUAGUCCCUGAGUUUUGCUUUCAAACAGCUUAUGAUGCAUUCUCUGUAAGAGGAACCAGCAAGAAGUGCACGAAGCGAUGAUGACACACCUGCGCUCAUGUUACCUACUUGAUGCCACGACUUCAUGAAACUCUCGGAGGCGACAUGGUGACCCUAGUCCCUCCCCAUUUUUUUUUUCUUCAUGAUUCUGGUAUUGUUUUAUGAAAUAAUCCUUUCGUGACUACUCGUUUUUUAAAGGAACGACUGAAAAUCUGCAUUUAUUAAAAAAAAAAAAAUUAAAACAGCAAAACUGUACGAGCAAACCUGAAGAUUACGCCAUGCCUACACAUCACGAAAUGAAACAUUAAGAGUUGGGACUUAUUUGGUGCACUGUAUUUUCAUCUUAGACAUUUUUAAACUGAUUCUCAAAAGAAUUUUGUCCGUUGAAUGAAAGUAUUGCGUCACUGAGGUUCUUUUUGUGCACUGUGCUUCAUUGACAACUGUUUGCUUGAUGUCGGCUUUUUUUUUUUUUUCACAGAAAUCCAGAGAAAAAACAUUUACUGUAGCUCUGACGAGCAUGCGCACUGAGACACUCUCUCUCUCUCUCACACACACACACAUACAUACACAUCUUGUUAUGUUUACCUUGUUGUGUUUAUUUUAAAGCCCAUGAGCAUUACUCUCGUUGUGCCAGAGAUUCCGCCAGCAUUGGUUCCACUACUCCAGUAGCUGUAAAUAAAUAAUGUUGUCCAGUUCUUUUUCUUCUACAAACUGACAACAAUAAUGUUAUCUGUUGAAGACCUUGUUUUACAUCGAUGACAGUUUUGCAAAUAAAGACUUCAAAUGUCUGUCGA